GGCUGACAAUGGUCGUCUCAUAAUCUCUUUUUCUACUGUGGUUCGUUCAUAUCCUUGUUUGGGCAUCUUCCAUGGUUAUGUAUGGUUAUACGAGAUUGGCCCAAGUUGAAUAGAUAAUUGUAGCUCGUUAACCAAACAUUGGAGCUUCAUUGUAUAUAAACGUUGGAGGUGUGACAAUAAUAAAUUAAAAUGUCGCAGAUUUCGGCCACCGAAGCACCGCAUCUGCACCAGAUUGAUUUAACAAAAUUAAGUUUGCCACAGCUCACGAAAUUAAAACAGCAAUUGGAACAGGAGCUCACUGUUUUUCAAGAUUCAUUGCAAACUCUGAAAAUAGCCCAAACCAAAUUUCAAGAGUCGGGUUCAUGCCUUGACAGAUUAAGCUCCACUGCUAAGGGAAGGGAGAUUUUGGUCCCGUUAACAAAUUCGAUAUACGUUUCCGGAAGACUGGCAAAUACCGAGAAGGUGAUCAUUGACAUUGGUACUGGGUAUUUCGUAGAGAAAGAUAUAGAGUCGGCGAAAGACUACUUUAAAAGAAGAGUUACGUAUGUCACGGAACAGAUGGAAAAGAUUCAGCAGCUAGGCCUUGAGAAAAGUAAGAUUCGAGAAGCAACCAUGGACGUGAUGAAAAUGCAAGGACAAAUGGCAGCGCAAAAACAAGCUGCAGAGUGAGCGUGAAAUGCUCGCCUUAUUACGGAGGCACAAAUUCAUAUAGUUUUAAGUACUUCUCUGCCUUUUUCACUUGAAGCGUUAUCGUGAAACGGGAACGUGCCACCAUCUACAUUCUUUCACACUGAGCGAAGAAUUUACUUUCUAUGCGAAAUUUAUUAUUUGUAGUUAUUUAAAUGUUAAUUGGUAAAGAAAUUUCUUAACCAGCGAAAUUGAUUUUGUGGGAAUCAUCGACGUUGUAUGUCGAAUGAUUAUACUUUUGUAUCAGGUGGAAACGAUUUUGCGACAAAAAAUACUACGUUCAAAGUUAGCUCCAGGUAUUGAACAUAUUAAUGGAACUUAUAUCAUGUUUUUGAUAAAAUAUAUUUAACUCAGACAACUUAUUUUACCUGAGAUCAAAAGGUAUUGAUGGCAAAUAAAUAUUGUUCCAAGUUGAUGCAAAAAUGAGUUCGCUGGUAAAUAAGAAAUUGGCGAGAAAAUAUCAGAUUUACUGUAAAUGUAUCAAAUUCUACUUUGGUAUAAGAAUAUUAUUUAUUCUUUCAAAAUUUUCCACGGUGUGGAGUGAAUCAAUUUUUUAUUUCAAGAUGUUUAUACACAGAAAAUCUAAUGGUAAUGAAUAGUAAAAGCUUGGUGAAGCUUAAAGUCAAGAAAAUUGAAUAUUGUCGGAAAUUUGUAUUACGUUAAUCAACCAACUUUGCAACUUAUUUUAUUGAUGAUGACAAGUAAAAAUUGUUGAAUCACAAGAACUCCUUUUUUAUGGAGAGAGAUUUUUUCGCUCGGUGCAUUUGAAAUGGCAUCGUGCUAAUGCUGCAAUUAUGAAGAUCGAGGAGAAGAUCGUUGCACUUAUUAUAACCAUCGUUUAUUAUAUUUGUUUGCAUCUCUAUUUUGUGCUCUAUAGAAUGAUAUACAUUUUAAGUCAGAUCGUAUCCAGUUGUAUGCUUGUAACUCGUGCGCACAAGUUCACUAUGAUGAACCAUGAUAAUGUAUCAUGAAUGUCUGAAAUUCUCCGUAGAAUAUUACGGCAUCUCACUUACCUUUGUAUUCAUUGUGUCCCUUUUCAUUCAACCUGUUCGCAUUUUUUUAAGUAUCGAAUGACGGGCCAAGUGUUAAUAAUAAAGUCUUUUAUUUUAUAAAGACACUCGACGCGUCUAACAUCGGUAUUUGUUAAAAGAAACUCCGUUUAAUACAAACGUCGACCCGAUGCAGGUAGAACGGUUAAAGUAUACAAGGUUUAUUUUAUUCAUCGAAAUCAUAUCGUGCUGCGGGCAGCUGUAAUAUCUCCAUUCAUAACCGAGUAAAUGUACGCAGUUUACCGAAUUACGUACCAACGAAGAGACUGUCACGGUCUGACGAAGAUAUGAAAAUAAAUGUCGAAUCUUACAGAACAUCGUGUAAUAUUUCCGAAUACGAUUCGUCGUCGCUCGUCUCCAAACAUCGGCAGCCUAAUACAAUGACAUUACUUAAAAAUUACAUUUUAUAUGCUGCGUAAACGCAACGGGUGCACACAUGGCUUACAUGUAAUCCGCUAGAUUAUCCUAUUUACACGAAUAACACGCGCAUUAUAUCUGUUUCAACGAAAGGUUUCCUUUUUUUCUUCUUUUUAAUAAUUCAAAAAUUUUACAAACAGUUUACUCGCGUUCUUCUCUCUUUGUCUCUUGCUUUCGUCUUCGUACAUCCCCUCUUCCCUUAUCGCCUUCCGGUACAAUUAAUUGUGUAAAAUCGAUCGAUCGUUUAUCGAUGUUAUCUCAGACCGCAUAGGAGCAAAUAGGCAGCUGUUAGUACGUUUAGCCAAUUCUCGGCUCUCUUUGCCGCACUACCUGUAACAGAAAUUGCGUUCAUUUAAUCGUUUGCCUUACGUCUAUCCUCCCGACACCUUUUAUCUUACAAUUAUAAGGCGUCCAGUAGAACAAAUGUCUAUAUCAAGCUUUUGUUAGAAGAUGCUUAAGCAUUACGGAGAGAUCUAAUAAAAAAUUGAACUGGA